AUGUACAGUACUAAAUGCUUCGGGAUGAGACCGAAGGACUUUUUCGGGAAUCAAAGAGAAAACUCCGGGACGAGACCGAAGGACUUUUUCGAGAAUCUUCUAAAAUCAAAGAGGUUUGCUGGAAUGCUUCUCAAUAUCCCGAGAGGACAGUUGUUGGAUGAGGUGACGUCACAUGUGUAUACUCGAUGUAACCAGGCGCAAGUGGAGGCAAACGUUUGGCCAAUUUCGAAGGAAGAAAGAUAUGGUUGGAGGACAGCCUACGAAUCGAACGCUAUAUACGAAUCGAACGCUGUACACGAAUCGAACCAUGAAAUCGACUUUGAGGAAAAUGAAGGGUCCGAUGAUCGUUCUCAACUCGUACGCCUAAUCGCAUCCAUUCGACGAGCGGCGAUGCCAGGUCGGAAACGCGCAGGAUCCGCUGAAGUUUGGCGUGGAAAUUGUGGAGAACACGAACAAGAUCCCACAUGGAUGCAUUUUGGCGACUCUCAACUUGAAAGCGCGGAGUUGUCUACUGACCGGGCGUGGAAAUCAUUCCUGAGUGAGGAUCGUUGCUCGCAAGAAUUACCGUUUUGGAGGGGCAGUUGGAUCUUAAAGGCAAGGACGACAACAUUAUUCGAAAAGAGAUGCAUCGAAAAGAGAUGCUUGCAGACAAGGCGGAAUACAUGGAAAAACACACACAACGAAAUCAAUAAGGCGCGAGAACAGCGAGUUGAAGCCGAGCUCCGAUUGAGCGACACCAAACGAAGCUUGCUGACCGUUGAAGAGGAAUUUCAAAUCAUUAAGCAAAAAACCUUAAUCAACAACAACGCGACGGUGGUCAGCGCUUUGGAGGAAGUGCGCUGUGAAAACACAAAACUCGUGUACGAGCUUGCGAAAGCAGAGCUUUUGAAAUCCGAGUCUGAGAAUCAGUUGCAACUAGAUGAUAUCAUACUGCCUCAAAUAAAGGCAGAAGAUGAUCCAGAAGAAAGUAGCCAUCUAUCGACGUCAGGCAUCCGAGUCACAAUCAAAGAAGGAGACGAGGAGGUUCCGUCCGAAACGUUUGUCGGACUAUGUGGCGACGUUUUUUUAGAAUUGGAUUUCGAUGGCAAAGAAGAAUUAUUGGCAAGCAAGGAAAUGGUUGAAGAGUUGGCACGGCUUAAGGAAGAAAACACUAUGCUUCAAGCUACUUUGAUCAAUUGUCAAUCGGAAAUUGCUGCACUUCGUGUAGAAGCUGCUAGCCGCCAAUUCGGUCUUGACGAGCCAAUUGAUCCGGCAGUUUCAACGGCACUUGAUGAAAGCGCGCUUCAACAAAGGAUCCCUCAUCAAGACAAUGUGAUUUUGCUAUCGAUCAUUCCACUCUUCUCAAUCAUCGUACUUCUCAUCGGCUACCUCUACACUUGGAUCGCGCUGAAAAUCGUGAAACGGGAU